AUGCUGCGGAAAUGCGGUAUGAUUUUUUGCAUGGAUUUCUCUUUUUUCGUGUCGCUUCAAAUCUCCAUCUGGUGCAAAGGUUUUGUUACACUGGCGUUACAUGUAGCGUUUUGGCGCUCGUUCUGCAGCCUGUUAACAGAAUCUCCAUCCUGCUUUUCUAAAUACACAACAGCGGAGACGACCCUGAACUCAAAAUUGGUGGCUGACUACAAGGAAUUCUUUUCCGAAAUGGUCGUUCGCGCGAUCCAGAUUCUAGGCGACGACUUGGACUACCGAGGAAUCGGAAUCAAAAAGGUAUCUAUAAUGUUGAAUUUGUGUUGCACCAGAUGUUGCCUUUUACGCAGGCCCUGUAAUAAACUGUGGCACGAAGAACACGAAGAUAGAAGAAAGAGAGCAUAACUGAAAACACCAGAGAAAAUGAAAAACUUUCAUCUACUCAACAUCAGGUCACGGGCGGCAGUGUGAUGGAUUCCACGCUGAUCAAUGGCGUUGCCUUCAAGAAAACCUUCUCCUACGCUGGCUUCGAGCAGCAGCCCAGGAGCUCUGUGAAGCCAAAAUUCUUACUUUUGAACUUGGAGCUGGAACUGAAGAGCGAAAAGGACAACGCAGAAAUCAGAAUCGCCGACCCCAGCAAGUUCCAGGCCAUUGUCGAUGCGGAAUGGAGUAUUGAUCUGCAGCUUUUUGUUUGUUGUUCAACAGAUGUACUUCUACAAUUAUCGAUCAGCACAAAAUGAAGAGCCAGAGCCUAUGGCUUCUAUGAUGCAAGCAUAAUGUAAGAUGACAACUGCCCACUUCCUGUAUCGCUAUCGUCGUCUACUUCUCCGACUAAAGCAUUACAAUAUCCCCACGACAGAUAUCAUCUACGAGAAACUGGACAACAUCGCUGAAUCCGGUGCCAACGUCGUCCUCUCCAAGCUCGCUAUCGGCGACCUCGCCACCCAGUACUUCGCCGACCGCGACAUUUUCUGCGCCGGCCGGGUCGAGCACGCCGAUUUGGACAGGACGAGACGCGCCACUGGGGCGGCGGUCCAGACGACAGUUACCGUGGGGCUGGACCCGAGCGUCUUGGGAUCCUGUGGAAAGUUUGAAGAGGUGCAGAUCGGAGCGGAGAGGUAGGAUUUGAUACAUGGUUUUGUUUGACAGGCUCAUGGUCAUGAUUCUUUUCCAGCAUCGUCUUGGUUUUUUCCCAAGUCUUCUGCUAAAAAAAUCGGCUGCACAUCGUGCAAAUCGUCUUCGCACAACAUCUUCAUAGCACAACAUCUUCAUAGCACAACUUUAUUUGUCAACAAGAACAUGCUCUAUUGAUUGAUUGAGCAUGUUGAUCUUGAUACAACAUCACAGGUGGAACCUCUUCAAAGACUGCGAGAACACAAAGGCCGCAACAUUGAUUAUCCGUGGAGGCGCUCAGCAGUUUGUCGACGAGGCCGAACGAUCUAUCCACGACUCAUUUAUGAUCGUGAAGAGCGCGAGCGACAAAGAACACCGCGGUGAUGAACAAGCUCCGACAGAAGCACACGGGCGCUUCCAGCACGGAGUCCCGGUGGUUUGGCGUGGACUGCAUCGAUAUCAAAUGUAAAAGUGUCUGGGUCUGGAAGAUUCUGACACUUGUCAUGCACGUUUUGCGUGAGCUAUGAUGUCUGUGAUGCCUACCCUAGCAAUACAGAUUUUUUGAGGGCUUCUUGAUGCAUAUUCCGCAUGACAAACGCCUCUCCUGCGUCCGAAGCUGCUUGCGGCGACGGUGCAAAGGUUUUUGAUGAGGUGCAGUCGGGUAUGCAUGACAAAUGCCUUCUCAGCGUAGCAAAAAUUGCAUUCCCUUUGGUACUCAUGCAAUACAGAUUUUUUUGGAAUCCAAAUGCAGCAUCACAAGUUGCAUUCUUCCAGACCCAGACACUUUUGCAUUUGAUAAUCGAGAACGGCGUGAAGGACACCCUGGCGAACUUCAUCUGGGAGCCGAUGCGACAGCCUCAGAAUGGAAAUCCUGA